AUGACUAAUUAUUUGGAGGCUGACGCACAGGAGAAGACUUCACUAGGCGCUUUCGACAAGUUUGUUCAUCAUCAGGGUGCGAUUGAUUCCAGACGACCAGACUCCGCCUCCGAAUUUUGCCUCCUGCUAGAAAUAUCAGGUGGAAACGUGGAGGACUGGCAUAAGUGUGCUGGAGCGGCUGGCAGUCGGGGAAUAAGUCACAUUGCUGAAGGUAACCGUCCCGGUUUAACCACGUAG